AUGUUCAUCUCUAGCACACAUCCGCGGUUCUCAAACUCUCCUUGUCGGACUGAGACGACUCAGUCCGAGUCUUCUUUAUCUUCGGAGAAAGUCAAGGAUAAUAUCAAGGACACAGUUCAAGAGGUCCUGCCCGCCAUAAAAGAUGUUGAGGCCAUCAGGGUUAACUACGAUGACAAGGAAAGAAGUCGUAUAUUACGAAAGAUGGACCUUCGUCUGCUUCCUUUCGUGUCUCUGCUAUACCUGCUCUCAUUCUUGGAUCGGAGCAAUAUUGGUAAUGCGCGUGUUGCUGGAAUGGCGGAAGAUUUGAAUCUUGUCGGUCUCAAAUAUAAUGUAGCUGCCGCGGUCUUCUCGAUACCUUACGCCUUGGUUGAGGUGCCAUCAAAUAUUGCUUUGAAGCUAUUUAGACCGUCCAUCUGGAUUCCAUCUAUCAUGCUCGCAUGGGGCAUAAUCAUGACUCUUAUGUGCUUGGUCAAUUCAUAUGCCGGUCUUAUCGUAGCACGGUUAUUCCUUGGGGUGGCUGAGGCUGGCCUCUUCCCUGGUAUCACAUUCUAUCUGAGCCACUGGUAUCCUAGGAGGAAGUUUGCCAUGCGGAUUGCUAUAUUCUUCUCUGCAGCCACUAUUGCAGUAAUGCUGUCUAAGGCGCAUUUGGUGGGAUCCUUGCAUUCGGGAUUGAGAAAAUGGAUGGCAUCGGAGGCCUUCAUGGGUGGCAAUGGAUUUUCUGCCUUGAAGGACUUGAGUGCAGCAACCGUCGUCGUCGCCACACUAUCUUAUUUCUUCAUGUAUGAUUAUCCAGAAACUGCAUCCUUCCUAACAGAGUCAGAACGCCGACAUGUUGUAGAGAUGCUGAAAGAGGACUCUCGUAGCCUCGCCACGGGAUUUGACAAAAAGUAUAUAUUCCAAGCGAUGACGGACUACAAGACAUAUGCUCAGAUCGGAAUACACAUGGGCUCAGCCCAAGCCCAACUCCUCACGGUGCCCAUCUUUGCGUGCGGGUGCUGCUCUACCGUCGUCAUAGGCAUUCUCUCCGAUAAAUUCAAUAUCCGAGGCCCAUUCAUCAUUGGGUGUGCGUUGGUAUCCAUGGUUGGGUACAUCGUGCUGUAUACCACAUCGACCCCCGGCGCAGGUUACGUUGGGUGUAUCAUUGCCGCCGUAGGAGUGUUCCCAACCGUCCCCGUGGAUCUUGCGUGGAUUGGUGGAAAUGUAGGUGGGACGUUGAAGCGUGGAGUCGCGAUUGCUAUGGUCAUCGGUAUGGGGAAUCUAGGAGGGCUUUGUUCUGCAUUCAUUUAUUUCGACGGCCCCCGUUUCCACCACGGACAUGGUACCAUUAUGGGUUGGCUGGGCCUUUCGAUUCUCCUUACCUGCUUCAUGAUGUACGAUUACGACCGCUGCAAUAACGUCAAGGAGGCCUUGUGCCAGUCGGAAGGCAUAGACGAAAGCCACAGCGACGCCUUUGCGGAGCUUGGUGACCAUAGUCCGUUGUUCAGGUCAGCGCACACUCCCCAUAUUUAG